AUGUCUACUUUAUCUAAAACAAUUAUUUUUGAACAAUACGGACCAUCAGAUGUACUAAAAGUUAAAGAGGUUCCAGUACCAACACCAGGUGAUGGUCAGGUAAGAGUGAAGGUUGCAGCAGUUGGUCUAAACAGAGCUGAGGCUUUAAUUAGAGCUGGUUUAUUCUUUAUCAAACCAACUUUGCCCAGUGGAAUAGGAUAUGAAGCAGCAGGCACAGUCGAUGCAAUUGGAAAUACAGUAACCAAGUUCAAAGUUGGAGAUCGUGUCGUAGUCGUACCAACUUCCAGUAUAACCACCAACUCUGAACACAUUGUUCUCCCAGAGAACCAACUAGCUCACAUCCCAGUCGAUCAAUCAUUCACUGAUGCAGCUGCCACCUGGACUGCGUACCUUACAGCAUACUUUGCAAUAUAUGAGUAUGGCCUUACUAUCAAGAGCACAGACACUGUAGUUGUCACCGCGGCUAGCAGCUCAGUUGCGCUUGCAUUCAUCCAUUAUGUCAAAUCAUUUGGAGCCACUGUGAUUGCACUAAGCAGAACAAAUGCCAAGAAGGAUCAGAUCAUUGCCCAGGGUGCUGAUCACUUCAUUGCCACUGGCGAAGAGGACUUGGUCAAACGAAUCAGAGAGCUCACCAAGGGAGCAGGUGCCAACCUAUUCUUGGACCCAGUCGGCGGUCCUCAGCUCGAGAAGUUGGUGUUUGCAGCAGCUUAUGAAGCAACAUUAAUCCUAUAUGGAAUGUUGUCGAGUGAGCCUACUGUACUACCUGUUGGCGCAACCAUUGGUAAUCACUUGACCAUCAAAGGAUAUAGUGUAUCAUCAUUCUAUCCUAAUCCACAGGCAGUUGAACGUGCUCAACUAUUCAUCACCAAGUUCCUCUCCACCCAAAAAGUACCAUCUAUAGUUGGACAAGUACUCAAAGGAAUUGAAUCAGUACCCGCUGGUCACAAGAUCCUUGACUCUGGCGACCUCUUUGGAAAAGUAGUUGUAGAGUUC